GGACAAAAGUGCAAAUGACCCAUUUUUUCUUUUUAAAAGAAACUGGUCCGCCACAAUGCAUUCAUAUAUUCUACAACAACAAAGCAAUUUUAUAGACCAAGAAAUUUCAAGCCUGAAAAAAAAUGGCGAUAGGGAGCUUAGCUAGAAGAAAGUCCACAACAAUAUUAUCAUCAUCAUCAAGAUAUCUAUACAACACAUCUAAAUACUCAUUUUCUCUUAACAGAGGUUUCGCUUCAGGUGGAUCCGAUGAGAAUGACGUCGUUGUUAUUGGUGGUGGACCUGGUGGUUAUGUGGCGGCGAUUAAAGCUGCACAGUUAGGUCUUAAAACUACGUGUAUUGAGAAACGUGGUGCGUUAGGUGGUACUUGUCUCAAUGUUGGUUGUAUUCCUUCUAAGGCACUUCUUCACUCCUCCCACAUGUACCAUGAAGCUCAACAUGCAUUUGCUAACCAUGGUGUGAAGUUCUCUUCUGUUGAGGUAGAUCUUCCUGCCAUGAUGGCCCAAAAAGAUAAAGCUGUGGCUGGCUUAACACGAGGCAUUGAGGGUCUAUUUAAAAAGAACAAAGUGAACUAUGUUAAGGGCUAUGGUAAAUUCCUUUCUCCUUCUGAAGUUUCUGUUGACACUGUGGAAGGUGGUAAUACUGUUGUUAAGGGGAAGAAUAUUAUAAUUGCGACUGGUUCUGAUGUAAAAAGUCUACCUGGGUUAACCAUCGAUGAGAAGAGAAUUGUAUCAUCUACUGGAGCUUUAGCUUUGACCGAAAUUCCAAAAAGGCUGGUUGUUAUUGGUGCUGGCUACAUAGGCCUCGAAAUGGGAUCUGUCUGGGGCCGUCUUGGCUCAGAGGUUACUGUUGUUGAAUUUGGGCCCGGUAUUGUUCCAUCCAUGGAUGGUGAAGUUCGCAAGCAAUUCCAACGUUCUCUUGAGAAGCAAAAAAUGAAGUUCAAGCUUAGUACUAAGGUGGUGUCAGUUGAGACUGUUGGCGAUGGUGUGAAGUUGACCCUUGAACCUGCAGCUGGUGGUGAACAAACUACUCUUGAGGCUGAUGUUGUUCUGGUUUCUGCUGGUAGGGUUCCAUUUACUUCAGGGCUUGGAUUGGACAAGAUAGGUGUUGAAACUGACAAGGCUGGUAGAAUCUUGGUCAAUGAACGAUUUGCCAGUAAUGUCCCCGGGGUAUAUGCAAUCGGUGAUGUCAUUCCUGGCCCAAUGCUGGCUCACAAGGCAGAGGAGGAUGGUGUUGCUUGCGUGGAAUUCAUUGCAGGCAAGGAGGGCCACGUGGACUAUGAUUUGGUUCCUGGUGUUUGUUACACACACCCAGAGGUGGCUUCUGUUGGGAAAACUGAAGAACAGGUUAAGGAACUUGGAGUUGAUUAUCGCGUAGGCAAAUUUCCUUUCCUUGCAAACAGUAGGGCGAAGGCAAUUGAUGAUGCUGAAGGAAUUGUAAAGAUACUUGCUGAGAAGGAGACUGACAAAAUCUUGGGCGUCCAUAUUAUGUCACCCAAUGCAGGUGAGCUUAUUCACGAGGCCGUUCUGGCUUUGCAUUAUGGAGCAUCAAGUGAGGACAUUGCUCGUACAUGCCAUGCACAUCCAACAAUGAGCGAGGCUCUGAAAGAAGCAGCCAUGGCCACUUAUGACAAGCCCAUUCACAUGUAGAAAUACUGUCAUAUCAUUGCUUUUGUUUUUCCUUCGAGUAUCUUGAAUACUUGGAGCAUAUUUUCUAAUUGCCACAUCAUCACUAAGCAAAACUUGAACAGAAGUUUCCUCUCCCCUCUUAUCUUACUUUGGUACUCAAAACUACCUCAAAGUUAAUGCUUUUUCUGCAUAUUCAUUUCUGUAAUAAAGAUACGAGCUGCAUGUCGAGUUUAAAUGCCAUUAAUUUGAGUUACAUUGAGAUUUGAUCA